AUGGCAGAUGAAAAGUCUCCCCGCGCCCUCGUCUCCUACGGCCCGCUCAAGGCCGGAGGAUGGAAGCUGGAGAAUGUCUCGCUGCGCCCGCUGCGAGAGAAGGAACUCCUCGUUGAAAUGGUCGCGUCGGGGAUCUGCCAGACCGAUCUCCAUUUUGCAGGCGCGGAAUCGGGCUUUGGCAUGCACUAUCCUCGAGUUAUGGGUCAUGAAGGCGCUGGAUAUGUCCGAGCUGUUGGGCCGGGCACGAAUGUAGCAGGUAUCGGAGACGCAGUUCUCAUGUCGUUCUCGUCGUGCAAGGCUUGUGAGCCCUGCGAGAGGAGACAUCCCGCGCAUUGUGCCGAGUUUAAUGCGAUUAAUUUUGAGGCUGCGCCGGAGGAUUACGUCUUCGAGGCGUCGUCGCAAUCUGCGUCUAAGCCUGAUAUCUACGGGAAGUUCUUCGGACAGUCCAGCUUUGCGAGCUUGUCCAUUGUUCAGGAGGAGUCGAUAGUCAAUGUUUCUGGGCUCGUGGAUAAGCGAGAAGAUCUGGCGUUGAUGUCGCCGCUGGGGUGCGGUAUCCAGACAGGCAGCGGUGCAAUCAUCAAUGCUGCAGCUGCAGGUCCUGGCGACCGAGUAGCAGUCAUCGGCCUUGGGGGCGUGGGCUUGAGUGCAGUUAUGGGUGCGAAGAUUGCUGGGUGUAAACAGAUUAUCGGAAUUGACCGGCAUGAGUCGAGGCUGGAACUGGCAAAGGAACUGGGGGCCACGCAUGUGGUCCGAGUUGAUCCAUCGAUGGCCCUUCAGGAUGUUACUGCUGCUGUCGUUGGUCUUACUGGUGGUUUAGGGACGAAUAUCACGCUGGAUACAACUGGUGUGCCACCUUUAAUCGCGGAAGGUGUCAAGAUGACGGGGUUCAAGGGGAAGAUUCUACAGGUUGGGACAGCGCCUGAAACGGCUGCUCUGUCAAUACCCAUCCACGAGUUCAUGGUCUCUGGAAGACAGUUUAUGGGCGUCGUGGAGGGAGAUGUCGUGCCCCAGGAGUAUGUGCCCAAGUUGAUAUCCUGGGUGAAGGACGGCAGACUGCCCUUGCAAAGAAUUGUGAAGUACUAUCAGGCCGAGGACUUUGAGACAGCAAUCCGUGAUAUGCAGUCGGGAGAGACAGUGAAGCCAGUUAUUUUAUGGUGA